AUGUCUCAAGAUCGUGAAUCAUUGGAACCAGCUGAUGGCUCUGCAUUGACCUGGAUCUUUGAUCACUGCUUGCGAUACUCUGAUUCUUACGAAAUUUCACUGCGAACAGCGUUCGAGUUGAACCGCCAAGCCGUUAACAUGCCCGCCAUGGGGACUGCGGCGUCUGAUCGUUCCCGCUCCUCCUCGGUCUUUUCGCGCAACUCCGCUUUCUCGAAGGCCACCGCCUCGACUCGUUCUUCCGCCUCUUCCUACGAGACCAACCCAUAUGACACCAAUGCCGAGUUCCGUGCCUGUUUGACUCGCACUGUAUCCGAGCUACCUUCUCAGCCUUGCUCACUCCCCCCGAGCUUUAUCGUGUCUUUUGUGCGUCGCACUUUCACCCUGGAUCUGUGUAAUGUCGACUUCAAAGUGGCCUUGGCUUGCCUGGAUUACCUGAAGAGCCUCCAGGGUCGCUGGAAGAAGGAAAUUAACGAUGCUUUCCGCCGACUCCACAUCAACCCCAAGGAUGUCCAAGAACCUGAGCAUUCAGAGGUCGCCCGCAACUUCCCCGGCGUCCUCGAAUGGUACAAGGAUAUUAGCCAAAAGGCUCGGUUGAUUGAUUUCAUGUAUACCCAAGUGUACAUUGGCCUGCGCCGCUGGAUCUUGAUCAACGAAAUCAUGCUUGAACCGUUCAACAAGGCUAACUGCCUCGCUCUGCUGAACACUCUGCUGCCUCCUGUCCGCUACGGCAGUGAUGGCCCCACCCAGAAGCUGACCCCCAAGAAUCUGGAGAACCACCGAAACAACUUCUUCUACAUCAUCGCCUCAUACGAGAAAAACCCCGCCGUUCUACAUGACGUUAUGCAUCAAGGCGUGCGACCUGGCGAUACCGGCAACGCAUGGCCAGCUCUCCAUGACACCUUUGACCGAUACCUGAGCGCGGUCAUGGAAAUGAUCGACGAGUGUGCGCUGGUCAACGAGCCCCCUCCACCCGCGAUCAUAGCUGGACACUCUCGUCGCACCGACUCGGGCAUUAGCUUUGGUCCCCGCCCUUCUACCUCUCAUUCUUCAGAUGACUAUGGGAUCGAGAAGCCUCUUCCCGAGUUCCCUGCGCCCACCGAUGGUGCGAGCAAGCAUGGCUCUGUGCUGGAGCGUUUCGCCCACUCCCUCUCCUCAUGGGGCAAAAAGGAUGGCAAGAAGGCCCGCAACCUCAAGAAAAUGCAAUCCUGCAAGGACCUCAAGAGCACCGACAAGUACAAGCCAAUUCCCGAUUUUACCAAGAUGAACUUCGACUUGACCGAGGAAAAGCGCCGCCGCCUGAUCGAUGAGGCUCUGGCCCGCAGGGCUGCCGAGCGAGCCCAGGCCGAAGCCCAAAACAUCGGCCAGGCCUUUUAA